UCACACAUGUGACUUUGCAGAACGACGAUAAGGUGCUUUAAAUAAUCAUCUGAACUCUCUGGGUGAUAUUUCUAAACUGGGAUUAUUUCACAAGAAACUAUUAUCAGAGAAGAAAGACUGAGCCAACUGAACCCAGAUGGAGUGGCUGAUGGCGCAUUUAUCAGAAAUGACUCGGUUUCAGCAGGGAAUGACACUCCUGGGGGCUAAUUCUGUUUAUUUUUCCGACCUUUGACACAUGCCUUACACUGAGGAAAGCAACACUGUUAAUCCGCGCUUUGGGAACCUGUGACUCAUUCCGUGUCCCGGGUCCGUGCUGUCCCUCCGCCAAGCGGGACUGCAGGGGCCACUUCAUUCACUGAAUCACGGCGUCGGGCCGUAUGGAGACCAAGUUCUGCGUCUUGCGCGCAGCUCGAUAUCCUGGACCGGAUCCUAAAAUAAUACAGAGCAACAGACACUACCUCUACCUCAGUGGGGACAUAAAACAUGCGAAAGCGAAGUCAGGGUAUCUCAGUCGGUGCCCACAAACUCAAACAGGGAACUCCCUCGACGUGUUGAGGCUGUUUUCUCCGCUGAGCGCACACUCCUUCAGCAUCCGUGAACAUGCCUUCGGGUCUGCCUUCCUCUAAAGCCGUCUACAUCGGGAUGGAGGUGGUGAUCGCCGUGUCGUCGGUCAUCGGUAACGUGAUGGUGGUCUGGGCUGUGCGUAUUAACCGGUCUUUGAGGGACACCACGUUUUGUUUCGUCGUCUCCCUGGCCUUGGCUGACAUUGCGGUCGGCGCUCUUGUCAUCCCCCUCGCCAUCACCAUCAGCAUCGGACUCCAGACGCACUUCUACAGUUGCUUGUUGGUCGCCUGCACGGUGCUCGUCCUCACUCAAAGUUCAAUCCUGGCGCUCCUGGCCAUCGCCAUCGACCGCUAUCUGAGAGUCAAAAUACCCAUGAGCUACAAACGGGUGGUGACUCCUCGGCGAGCUGGCACAGCCGUGUUAUUGUGUUGGCUGGUGUCCAUCGUAGUGGGCCUCACGCCCAUGUUGGGUUGGAAUAACCUGCAGCUUCUCCGUGACAACGGCUCCCUGGUCACUGAUGACCUCUUGGUGACCUGUGAGUUUGAGACAGUCAUCAGCAUGGACUACAUGGUCUACUUCAACUUCUUUGGCUGGGUGCUGCCACCUCUGCUCCUCAUGCUAGCCAUCUAUGUUGAGAUAUUCUACAUGAUCCACAAGCAGCUCAACAAGAAGGUGACAGCUAGCCACACAGACCCCAGCCGCUACUAUGGCAAGGAGCUCAAGCUAGCCAAGUCACUCGCCCUUGUUCUUUUCCUCUUUGCAGUCAGCUGGCUCCCUCUUCACAUCCUCAACUGCAUCACCCUCUUUUGCCCCACCUGUAAUAAGCCAGAGUUCCUCAUUUACAUCGCCAUCAUCCUCACCCACGGCAACUCGGCUGUCAACCCCAUCGUGUAUGCUUUCCGCAUCAAGAAAUUCCGCACAGCGUUCCGUAAAAUCUGGAAACAGUAUGUGCUUUGUCGGGAAUCAGUUGGUCGGCUUCCUCAAAGAGGGAGCCAGACAGGACAAAGUCAUGAGAGGAGGCUGAGGCAGAAUGAUGAUGACGAUGAUGAUGUGUGACCUUUGCUAACUAAUUGGAUUGCUGUGUAACUGUUGAGUUUCACUCCACUGGUUCACAGAAUGGAGGACUCUGGCUUUAUGUUCGAGGAAUUACCGGUCAAAACAGCCUUUGGCAUCACAGGAUGUCAGACGUGGGAACUCCAUUGUGAACUGACUGAUUCACUCCAUCGGACACACUCUAAGAGAGCAGGAUGACAAAUCAGCAUGGAGACAGGAUAAACGUCCUCAAUCAGACUUUGAUUUUAAUCAGAUUGAUGGUUUAUUUCUCCACUGGCUGACAAAAUGAAGAUGAUGCCGUAUGAGAUAAUGGGCUUCUCAUCAGUUUCAGCACCAACCUGUUGAACUUGAAUCAGUAAGUGUAUAUCUGUAGCACAUGCUGUACAUGAGUAGUGUAUGCUAUAUUGUAUUUCUGACCUGAAUUAAAACUCAUGGCCUUUUUUAUGUGAACGAUCUCAGAUAGUUAAGCAUCAUAUUAUGUGUUACAUUUACAUGUCUGUGGCCUUAAAGACAGAAAAUGAAGAGGAACUAAGCUGCUAAAGUGUAAAUCUGGUAAACCAGUGGUGGGCAAGCAGGAAGUUUGCGCAACCAGCUUGGUGCUUUGAGUUGGACCAGGACACAGGAUGUACUGUAUGCUGACUGCAUGGGUAAAAAAUAGGUCAAACUGGCUCGCUUGGAAUUACAGUUGAGGAUCUUUGGUGCGAUGAACGUCUAGUUUGCCUGCACCAAUGUCAGUUGUGCAGUAACUUAUUAGACUCAUGGCCCAUACAGAUGUGUGGUCCAAUGCAGCACAAGUGAAGAUUGUUUUUGCUGCUUUUGAGAACAUUUGACUGGCAGAGCGACUAAUACUAGGUAGUAAUAGUUGUAGCUGAAAACAGCAUCUAUACUAUAAGAAAAAAUUACUUGAUGCUCCUCUGUAAGUAUUUGUGGGCAUGGACAAUGGUAAAAACUAUGGAGCCACCUAUUAGUAACUAUAUAACUAUAGCUGCUGGACUGUGAAUCUAAGAAAUGUUGGAGCUCCUCCAUCCAAUUUUUAUCUGGGGGAUAAUCAAUUUAAACCUAAAAUGUACCUCUACUGUACAUGCAUCACCAGGCUCUUUCCACUACUAGCAGGUAUUUUCUGUUACGUUUUCAUUUCUGUUAUGGGGUUGACUUGAAGGUUCAGCGUGUAGGAUUUAGGGGGAUGAUAUUGGCAGAGAUAGAAUAUAAUAUAACAAAUAUGUUUUCUGUAGUGUGUAAUCGCUUGAAAAUAAGAAUCAUAAUGUUUUUGUUACCUUAGAGUGAGCCAUUAAUAUCUACAUUGUGAGUAGGUGUUCGUCCACCGAGUCCACCAUGUUGGACCACUAUGAUUGUGCAGUAGCCCAGAACAGACAAACCAAACACUGGCCCCUGAUAUGGCCAUUUGUGUUCUUAAAAUUCUGUGAUUACCACUGUAGUUAGCAGCCCCUCCGCACAAUGAGCAGCGUCAUAAAAACGCCUUCUUUUUUUUAAAUUUAAAACUUUAUUCAGUGCUUUUAUCGGUUUAAAUCAUUGGGUCCAUUUGCUUUGGAAAGGAAGAAACCUUUCUCCAAAUUCUCAUUGGUCAGACAAUCGCUGGUGUUACUUUAAUAAGUGUGUGUGUCCACCAAAGGUUUCUUUACCUAGCUGAAAAAGGACACCUGUUAUUGUCCUCUGUGAUAAUUGGGUCUUUGCUGUGUUUGUCCUGCCAGUAUGGUUAAUGUUAGCUACUCUGCGAAAAAUCUCCCUCUUAUAUGCAGGUUUCAAAGAUAUUAACGUUAGUAAUGUUAUGUUGUACAUGACAUUGUCAACCCCAGAGUUAACUUCUAAAGUGUUCAGUAUGUCAGAUUUUUCUCAUCAGUCCUGUUCUACACUUAGUUUUUUUUCUGGCAUUAUUACAUUGGAGAUCACAUUUAAAUUUCACUCAAGGCAUUCCACUUGCCUGAACACAGAGUUAACUUGCCCUUGGCAAGUGUUUAUAUGGAUCCCUGUGACAGGAUAAAUACACUUUGGUGGACACACAGUGCUAAAAGGUUGUGCACUCAGCGCACUGGGCCAAUUUAGUUGAUAUAAAGAUAACCUCUACAGAUUAUUUAACCCCAAUAUAUUGGUCAAUGAGCAGGCAGAAUUUCAGUCAACCAAGAUUUUCUUUGGUUGAUUACAGCCAUAGUUAUCAGAGAAGAAAAAGUAAGCACACAUUAGCAGAUGCUGGGCUAGUGGCCUGUCUCCAGCAUGCCAAACAUUGUCAGAGAAAAACUGAUUUGUUACAUGAAACUGCUUUAUUCAGUGUUUUUACUGACUUUAUUCACCUGGUUUGUUUGUUUUGGAGAGGAGGACACCUACGCGGAUAAUUCAGCUUUUGAUUAAAACCUCCUGAACAAUGAACAUUAAAGUAAUCCCAACCAGGAGUUCAUGCUUAGCACAAUGGAGAAGUUUCAGCUGGUUGCAAUCUGCAAUCCUCUACACUAGAUGGCACUAACUCCUACACACUGCACCUUUAAAACUGACCAGUGUUGCCCAUUCAAAUUAGUGAGAUUCAACAUAAGAGGACAUACACUGAAAUGCCACUGCUGACACUUACAAUAUGUACUGUAUGUAACGAAUAUAUGUAUAAAUGUUAAUGGGAGAUACUGUAUAAAAUUCACCUCACUGAGCCAGCAGGUGUUCUCUUACAGCUGUUGAUUGGGAAAAUCACCCUUCAACCAUCUCAUAGUAAGCAAAAAAUAUAUCAGCAUAUGGUGAGGUCUGAUUAAAAUUCAUAAUGCUAAGAUGAAAUGAUUUUAUUAUCUGUUCACAUGAAAAGGUGUUUUGCAUUGCAUGCUCAAAACAAAACAUAAACACCCUCCAGUAAUCAUCAGAAACACAUGAUACAAUAUAUGUAGUAUCUGAGAACAACACAUUUGUCCCUUGUUAUGCGCACACACACACACACACACACACACACACACACACACACACCAGACAUCCAGACAUCUAUUAUUCCAAGUCUGUAUCACUGUAUGUGUGGUAGCAUGUGGAUAAAUCCACUCUGUUCUUUAUGACAGAAAUAGCAUCUCACUUUCUCUCCGUGCUUCUCCGUAUCGGGGCUAAAGCCAUCAGCGAUGAGAGGCCAUUUUUGCGCGCACACAUUGAUCUUCUGCCACUUGGCAGAGAGAGCUGCUCAUGUGUGAAUAAGUGAGGAGGUUAUGAGGGUGUAGGAGUCCAGGGGUGAGGUGGGACAGGGUGGAAGGAUUAUUCUGUUUACAAGGGAACCUGAAGGCGAGACUGCCGCUGAGGAACUCAUCAAGACAACUCUGAGGAGGUCAACACUGAGGCCACCCUGUCGCUUUCCCAUCAAAUAAACAGGCCUGUUAAUGUGACCCUGUUGAUCUCUGUCUUUACCAUCUGUGGCAAUGUGUAACAACAUAUACAGUUCACACACACACACACACACACACACACACAUAGUAUGUCUUCAUCAGACAAGUGUACUCUCAUUGUAUUUCCAGUGCUGCUCUUGUAAUAAUGCUUCCAUGUGAUUCUUUUCUCACUUUGUGCUCCUGUGAAAUAUUUAUAAAGCCACUAAGUGUAGAAUUGGAUAUUUAUCAAGAUUUAAGACAUUAUAACAUGUUUGUAGAAAAAUGAGACAAUCUAGAGGAAAAUUCAAAGUGUAUGUUGUCUAUUAUUAUUAUUAUUAUUAUUAUAGAGGAUGAGGACGAACGUAUCUAACACAGUGUCCUUUUUGUUACUACCACUGGGGGGUGCCAACAUCUGACAUUAUUAAUUCUACACAUAGUGGCUUUAAGGUUUUAUCUCUUUGUUUUUAUCUGUUUGACUGGACCAGUGUUAUAAUUUAAACAUGAUUUGUGCAAUACUCUCAGAUGUACAUUACCGAUAUCAAAAGAAAAACUAUAGCAUAGAUAUUGUACAUGUUGACACUGUUAAUCAGACUCAAGUGCUGGAAGUUCACGGCGGUUUAAGUGCCAAUAUGGUGAGCUGUUUUGUCAAUCAUAAUUAUGAAGGAAUACAUUAAUAAAAAGGUCAAUUGAUGAAGUCAAAAUACAGAA